AUGGCGGGUUGGGUCUUAUCAGAAUGCGGUGUAAGACCCCUCCCUCGAAUCUACGCCCGACCCAGAACAGGACCCACCGCCCUCCUUCCAAACCCUUCUCAAAUCAGGCUCUCCCAACCCAACCCCGUUGGCUCUUCAUUUUUCAUAUCAACUGGGUAUAGAGAGAGAAACAGGGGAAUCAAGGUGAGCGCCCCCCUGAAGGUCCAAUUUGUGGGAGAAGAAGAGAGAGAUGGAGAGGGAGUCUUCAAUGGGGUGGGAAAUGAGGACGGAUUUGACCCCGGUUCGCCACCUCCGUUCCGAUUGGCCGACGUUCGAGCGGCGAUUCCGAAGCAUUGUUGGGUUAAGGACCCAUGGAGGUCUAUGGGAUAUGUUGUGAGGGAUGUGGUGGUGGUUUUUGGGCUGGCGGCGGCCGCGGUGGCUUUGAACAGUUGGGUUGUUUGGCCUCUUUAUUGGGCUGCUCAGGGGACCAUGUUCUGGGCUCUUUUUGUUCUUGGCCAUGAUUGUGGUCAUGGGAGCUUUUCCAGUAACCAUAAGCUGAAUAGUGUGGUUGGGCAUAUCCUUCAUUCAUCAAUUCUUGUGCCUUACCAUGGAUGGAGAAUAAGCCAUAGAACCCACCAUCAGAACCACGGGCACGUUGAGAACGAUGAAUCGUGGCACCCGUUGUCUGAAAAGAUCUAUAAGGGUUUGGAUAAUGUUACGCGAAUGUUGAGGUUCACUAUGCCUUUCCCUUUGCUUGCGUACCCUAUCUAUCUGUGGGGUCGAAGCCCGGGAAAAACCGGUUCUCAUUACAAUCCUAACAGCGAUUUGUUCGUGCCAAGCGAGAAGAAAGACGUGAUCACCUCCACCGUGUGUUGGACUGCCAUGGCUGCACUGCUGCUUGGUCUAUCCUUUGUCAUGGGUCCAGUCCAAUUGCUCAAACUCUAUGGCAUCCCCUAUUCGAUUUUUGUAAUGUGGCUGGAUUUAGUUACUUACUUGCAUCACCAUGGCCAUGAGGACAAACUUCCUUGGUAUCGCGGAGAGGAGUGGAGUUAUUUGCGAGGAGGGCUAACAACGCUUGACCGGGAUUAUGGAUGGAUCAAUAACAUUCACCAUGAUAUUGGGACUCAUGUGAUACAUCACCUUUUCCCUCAAAUCCCACACUAUCACUUAGUCGAAGCAGUGAGUAACUCUAUCCAUAACUCGCACUUAACGAAUGACAGAAACAAAAGGUUUUUGUCAUUCUGCUUAGAUGAUUUACUUAUCUUUUUGUGUAUUUUGACAUUACAGACGGAGGCUGCUAAACCAGUGCUAGGGAAGUACUAUAGGGAGCCUAAGAGAUCUUGGCCUCUACCAUUUCACUUACUGGGAAGCCUCAUAAGAAGCAUGAAAGAGGAUCACUAUGUGAGUGACACUGGGGAUGUUGUAUACUAUCAAACAGAUCCAAAGCUCAAUGGCUCUCCGAAGGCAGAUUGAAAGAUUUUGUAUACUAUCAAACAGAUUUUUAGUUUCACUGUGAGAGGCCUUCUAAGCUACUGAUUAUUUGUAAUCGAUGAUAUUUUUGACAUCUUUGUAGAGGUAAAAUUAGGGGCAACCAAUUUGCCAUAGGAUAUUCGUUGUGUAUCCGAGACUAUUAAGUUUUGGAGUUAAAUUUGAAGCAAAAUAAAUAAUUAAUGGGAGAAA